CAGCUAUUUGAACAAAGUGGCAACGCCGGCCCAGUUGCCUGCACGUUUUUAAAAGCCGGCUAUCGAAAUCCAAAACAAAACGAGGAUCCUCGAAAAACCAGGAUGUUUAUGAACUCCAAUCUUUUCGAACCAGGCAAAUCGAAGCAGGAGAAACAGUUCAUCCAGUUGGCGGUGAAGCAAAACCAGCGAUUCGAUGGCAGACGCUCCAACGAGUGUCGCGAUGUGGAGUUGACCUUCGGUUCGGAUUGGGGCACCGUUGCGGUUUCCCUUAACGACACCAAGGUGCUGGCCCAGGUUACCUGCGACAUGGGAGCACCAACUACUUCCAGGCCCUACGAGGGCAAGCUCCAGCUAAACGUAAGCAUUGGUGGCGUGGCAUUCCUGGACGAAAUGCAGUCCACAUAUGACCAGCGAUUCCUUACACUGAACUCCCAGCUGGAACGCACAUUCCGCAGUUCCCGUUGCCUCGAUUUGGAGUCCUUGUGCGUGGCUGCCGAGAAGCAUGUGUGGUGCAUCCGCGUGGACAUCAAUGUGCUGAACCACGACGGGAAUCUAUAUGAUGCAAGCACUAUAGCCACAUUAGCUGCCUUGAUGCACUUUCGCCGACCGGAUGUCACAUAUGCGAAUGAUGAGCUGCGCAUUUAUACGGAAAAGGAGCGCGAACUGAUCCCCCUAUUGUUCCUCCAUUACCCCGUGAGCGUCACAUAUUGCAUUUAUAAGAGCAAUCCACAGCCACUGGUGGAUCCGACACUCUUGGAGGAGAAUGCCGCCGAUUCGGUAAUUGUGCUCAGCUUUAAUUCAUAUCAGGAGCUGUGCACUUUAAAUGCGGGCGGCACUGUGCCCACCAAUGUCCGGACCAUCAUGCAAUGUGCCCGUUAUGCAGCGACACGCUGCAAGGCUAUCGUGGAAUUCAUUAGAAAGACCUUAGCGUUGGACGAGGAGCGUCGACUGCAGGGAACUGGACCGAGCCAAGGACUGCUGGCUCUUUUGGGAGAAAAUAAACACAAACUAAGCUUCAAGCAGCUAAUGGAGGGCUAUCAAAAGCAAGACUCUCCGACUCUCCAAGAUUCCCAAAUGGAGGUGGAUGCUGCUCAAACCAGUGAGAAGCCGAAUGUGGCGGAAGUUCCAGUAAAGGAGGAGCAGCCCAUAAAACAGGAGACAGGUAAGCUGGUGCAGGACGCCAAACCCAUGGACACCAGCACUUGGCUGCCACAGGAGGCUACGAACGACCAGGAACUGCCGACGCCCUCGAGGGUAGUCUCGUUGAAAGUGGGAAAGGGAAAAAAUCGGGCCAAAAACAAGGCCAACAAAAAGCAACAGCAGCUUGCAAAGAAGCAAAAUCACAGCGACUCGGAGGAGGAAGUAACGCAAGUCAUCUAGACACAUACUUUUCGAUGAUAGUCACGUAGAUAAGUGAAAAGUGCUUUUUGUUCAGUUUUAUUUAGGCUUAAAAGUACGGCUAAAAUCAGUCUAGGCUUUAACAGAAAUUGUUUCAAGUGUAGCUCCAAUUACUGGCUUGGAACUAAGACUAAAGAUAGAGCUCUAAAUAUAUGUAUAUAUAUAUAUUCGCCCUGAAAGGGGAAAA